AUGUCCUGUACCAUAGUCUUCUUUCUACCCUGGAUUAUUGCGUAUUUAUUAUUCGUGUUGUUUGAUAUCGCACCUGAGAAUGGUGGUCGGAGAUUCUCCUUCGCCAGGAAUGCGAGCUUUUGGAAGUGGUACGCCGAGUAUUUCCCGAUCAAGUUAAUUAAGCGAGUGGACUUGGAUCCUUCCAAGAAUUACAUUUUUGGAUAUCAUCCGCAUGGAGUUAUUUCGGUUGGCGCAUGGACGAACUUUGCCACCGAAGCCAAUGAUUUCUCAAAAAAAUUUCCAGGCAUAACCUGCUGCCUAUUAACCCUUACGUCAAAUUUUAACUUCCCGCUUUAUCGCGAUUAUCUGAUGGCACAAGGACUCGCGUCUGUGUCACGUCAAUCAUGCGAAAAUAUUUUACACAAAGGACCGGGAAACUCUGUGAUGAUAGUGGUCGGUGGUGCCGGGGAAAGCUUAAACGCACGCCCAGGUGUCUAUGAUUUGGUUCUGAAAAGAAGAUUGGGAUUCAUAAAAUUGGCAGUUCGUAACGGAGCUUGUCUGUGUCCUGUAUUUUCAUUUGGCGAGAAUGAUAUAUGGGAACAAGCAGACAAUCCCAAGGGAGGCAAAGUUUGGAAGUUCCAAAAGACGAUUUGGGAUACACGAACUGGUGACGAAUUGAUGAAAUAUUCUGAUCAUCAAGAUUUCAUAUCAGAUUUUGCAUUUCGCGCAGACACCAAAACUCUUGUCACCGCGAGUGGUGAUGGCACAUUAUCGGUGUGUGAUAUACGGAGACCAAACUUGAUUGAUAUGUCAGAUAACCAGGAUGAUGAAUUAUUGUCCGUAGUCAUCAUGAAGGAUAACAGAAAAGUUGUUGUUGGAACUCAGGGCGGAGUCAUCA